GAUGUCCAGGAGGUCGUUGUUGGCAACGUGCUUUCGGCCAAGCCAGAAUCCCGCCCGUCAGUGUGCAAUUGGUGCUGGCCUGCCCGAGUCGACUGUUGCUACCACCGUCAACAAAGUGUGCGCCUCGUCCAUCAAGUCUUUGAUCAUCGGAGCCCAGACCAUCAUCACUGGCAAUGCAGACAUCGUAGUGGCUGCUGGUACCGAGAGCAUGUCAAACACCCCCCACUACCUUCCUGUGUUGAGGAACGGUGCGAAGUUCGGCGACCAGUCUUUGGUGGACGGUGUCCUCAAAGACGGUCUGACAGAUGCAUACAAGAAGGAGCACAUGGGCUUGGCAGGAGAGGAGUGCGCAGAUGAUCACGGCUUCAACCGUGAGCAGCAGGACGACUACUGCAUCCGGUCCUACAAGAAGGCUCUUGCCGCCCAGGAAGCUGGUUGGUUCAAGGAGGAGAUUGCUCCUAUCGAGGUGUCCGGGGGGCGGAAUAAGCCUCCCAUCACUGUUGACAAGGACGAUGAGCCCAACAAUUUCAACGAAUCCAAGACUCGCGCACUCCGCCCCUCCUUUAAGCCCAAGGAUGGAACUGUUACCGCGGCCAACGCUUCUCCCCUAUCAGACGGUGCUGCUGCACUUGUUCUUGCCUCGGAGGCUGCCGUGAAGGCGCACAACUUGAAGCCCAUUGCUAAGAUUUUGGGCUGGGGCGAUGCUGAGCAAAACCCCUCCAAAUUCACCACUGCACCCGCUCUUGCCAUUCCCAAGGCCCUCAAGCACGCCAAGGUCGAGCAAAGCUCUGUCGACGCAUUCGAAAUCAACGAGGCUUUCAGUGUCGUUGCUUUGGCAAACAUGAAGCUUCUUGGGCUCAGCGAGGACAAAGUAAACGUCCACGGUGGUGCUGUUGCUCUUGGUCACGCUCUGGGUGCUUCGGGAGCCCGUAUCACCACAACUCUACUUGGAGUGCUGAGGGAAAAGAAGGGAAAGAUCGGAUGUGCUGGCAUUUGCAACGGUGGUGGCGGUGCCUCGGCCAUCGUUAUCGAGUCCCUGCAAUAA